CGCCCACGUCACCGCGCCGCGCGCACGUCACGCUGGCCCGACGCUCGGCCAGGGUGAGCCCCGCGUCCCGGCGCCGCUCGGCCCAGGGCAGGGACCCCGCCACGGCCGGGAUCUCCCGGCCCGGCCCCCGCCCUGCGUCUCCCAGUGCUCGCACGUGCCGCCCCGGCCUGGCCCGGUCCCCAGCCCCCAGCCCCCAGCCCGCGCGGCCGGCCCGGGCGAGCCAGAAAAAUAAUUUUUCUUCUCUGGAGGGUGAACGUUUAUAACAUUGAUCUCCCGGACCUGGUAACAUGGCAAAAGAUGCCGGUUUAAUUGAAGCCAAUGGAGAACUAAAGGUCUUCAUAGACCAGAACCUUAGCCCUGGAAAAGGUGUGGUAUCCUUGGUGGCCGUUCACCCUUCUACGGUAAACCCACUGGGGAAGCAGCUUUUGCCAAAAACCUUUGGACAGUCCAAUGUCAACAUUGCCCAGCAAGUGGUAAUUGGUACGCCUCAGAGACCUGCAGCGUCAAACACUCUGGUGGUAGGAAGCCCACACACCCCCAACACUCAUUUUGUCUCUCAGAACCAGCCUUCCGACUCCUCACCUUGGUCUGCCGGGAAACGCAACAGGAAAGGAGAGAAGAAUGGCAAGGGCUUACGGCACUUCUCCAUGAAAGUCUGCGAGAAGGUGCAGAGGAAGGGAACCACCUCCUACAACGAGGUGGCGGACGAGCUGGUGGCCGAGUUCAGUGCCGCCGAUAACCACAUUCUGCCCAACGAGUCUGCUUAUGACCAGAAGAACAUACGCCGGCGAGUCUAUGAUGCCUUAAACGUGUUGAUGGCCAUGAACAUCAUCUCCAAGGAGAAGAAGGAGAUCAAGUGGAUUGGUCUGCCCACCAACUCGGCCCAGGAAUGCCAGAAUUUGGAGGUGGAGAGACAGAGAAGACUUGAAAGAAUAAAACAGAAGCAGUCUCAGCUUCAAGAACUUAUUCUGCAGCAAAUUGCCUUCAAGAACCUGGUGCAGAGAAACCGGCAUGCGGAGCAGCAGGCCAGCCGGCCGCCCCCACCCAACUCGGUCAUCCACCUGCCCUUCAUCAUCGUUAACACCAGCAAGAAGACCGUCAUCGAUUGCAGCAUCUCCAAUGACAAAUUCGAGUACCUGUUUAACUUUGACAACACGUUUGAGAUCCACGACGACAUCGAGGUGCUGAAGCGGAUGGGCAUGGCCUGCGGGCUGGAGUCUGGCAGCUGCUCUGCUGAAGACCUAAAAAUGGCCAGAAGUUUGGUCCCGAAAGCUCUGGAACCAUAUGUGACUGAAAUGGCUCAGGGAUCCAUUGGGGGUGUAUUCAUCACGACAGCAGGCUCCACGUCCAACAGCACAAGGCUCUCUGCCAGGCCCUGUCCUUGCAGUGACCUGACUAAUGGUGCGGAUGGGAUGCUGGCCACAAGCUCCAACGGGUCUCAGUACAGCGGCUCUCGGGUGGAGACCCCAGUGUCCUGUGUCGGGGAGGAUGAGGACGACGACGACGACUUCAACGAGAAUGAGGAGGAGGCCUGAUGCCCCUGCCUUCAGGAAAAGUCAUUUAGGAAAAAGAAACCUUUUUUGAAUAUGGGGUUUUCUGUUUCUUUUGGCUAUUUCCAAGAAAACAUUGGUAAGCUAUCGAUUUAGAUGCACACCUCCAAUAAGCAAGGAUUGUUUCCAUAGAAGCUAAGGACGUGCCGUGGGUGUGUGUUUGGAUACCAGUGUGCUGGCACAGAGCUUUUAUUUACAUUUUAGGAUUUUGUAUUCUCAUUUCCUUUUUUUUUUCAGAAUUCAUUUUUGCCUCUUAAUAAUUCUUGCUGAGUUUGCGGAGGAAAUUGUACUUCAUCCACAUCAAUGAAAAUAAAACGCUCUCCUGCUGUGGACAGUGAACCCCCGAAUGCCGUUUAUUUGCAGUGUGUUUGGCGCCUGCUGGUGGACAGCGAGACUCUGUGACGAGUUUUCAUUGUUAAAUCAGGCUGUGUCCAAAGAACCGAGCAAAUAGCAAAGCUCUAUUUUUAAAACAAUAAGCACCAUAAAUGCUAUGACCUUAUUUUUCCUUAAAUUGUAUUGACUGUUGUGAUUCCAUCAAAUUUAUACACUUUCCCCCCCUGUUUAUAUUGCAGCAACUAAUUGCAAAAUACUUUUUUGUUUUUGUUUGGUGAAAGCUUAUUGCCACGCUGGUGCAGCUAUGGGAACUGUCUGGAGGGCUUGGGAUGGUUUAUUGCUCAUGGUAAAAUUUGCCUGAUUUCUUACAGGCAGUGUUUGGAAACUUUUUAUUAUAUAGUUGUUUACAUGCUUAUGAGUAUCAUUUAAAGACAUGUACUGAAACAAAUGUUGUUUCAUAAGCAUCUUCCUGUAAUCUAUUAUAAAGUUGAAAUUAAAUAUAGAGAAUGUUUUAACAGUUUUUUAACUCAAAAUUUGUCAAUCAUUUUUAAUAGUUCUUUUUUUAUAAAAAGAAAAAGGAAUUUAAGGACAGGCAGUAGUCUCUUUUAAAAUUUAUUCACAAAAACCAUUAACUGCACAGUUGCUGUUAGCUGCCUGUUCUCAAACAAUAGUCUUUUUAUUGAAACAAAUAAACUUUUCUGUAAUAUUUUAUGGAAUAUAAAGAGACUUUAAUUGUUUGACUUGUUUAACUCAGCACUGUUAGUUUUUAUUAAUAAAACGCGCAUGGGCAUUUUAAACAA